AUGGCUUUGUUCGAUCCGCCGCUACCAUUUCCUCCUCCAGAUCCAGAUCCAGAUCCAGAACCGUCGCCGUUUGCUUUUCCCCUUCAGAUCUGCUCACGAAGGCUUCUCCUCUGGACUCUCACCACUCUCCCGUCCCUCCAGCUCUCUCCUCCAGCCAUUCCGCCAUCUAUGGUAGUCUCUGUUCCCCGAUCUGAGCCGCCGACGAAGUUUCGAAAGGAGCCUCCACCUCCAGUGCUUCCCGUCCAACCUUCUCUGGCCGCCGUCGUCUGCACUGCUGAUCUUAGCUUCAAAGAAGCUUUAGAGGAAGGAGGGUCCGAGGCUCCGAGCACAGAAGACAUUGAAGCGGAGGAGAAAUGA